GGUCUAGGUCCAUGUAUAGUUGUUUGUCCAACUACUGUCAUGCAUCAAUGGGUAAAAGAAUUUCAUAAAUGGUGGCCUCCAUUUCGUGUAGCUAUAUUACAUUCUUCUGGUUCUCAUGUUGGGAAAGAUGGUGAUUUAGUAAGAAGUAUAGUCAAAGAUAAUGGUGUAUUAGUAACUUCCUAUAAUACAUUAGUUGGUAGUCAGGACACAGUACUACAUUAUAACUGGCAUUAUGUUAUAUUAGAUGAAGGUCAUAAGAUUAGAAAUCCUGAUGCUCAAGCUACACUAGCAUGUAAACAGUUCCGUACAGCUCAUCGUAUUAUCUUAUCUGGUUCACCAAUACAGAAUAAUUUAAAAGAGUUAUGGUCCUUGUUUGAUUUUAUAUUUCCUGGUAAACUAGGAACAUUACCAGAUUUUAUGCAGCAUUUCUCAGUGCCUAUUGUACAAGGUGGUUAUUCUAAUGCUACACAAGUUCAGGUAGAAACAGCCUAUAGAUGUGCCUCUAUAUUACGUGAUACCAUCAAUCCAUUUUUAUUACGACGUAUGAAAGCUGAUGUUAAAGCUAAUUUAGAUUUGCCUGAGAAAAAUGAACAGGUAGUAUUAUUUUGUCGACUAACUGAUGAACAACAUGAUGUUUAUAAACAAUAUUUAUCAUCUAGAGAAUGUGAAAAUAUUUUAGCUGGAAAAUAUCAGAUAUUUGCUGGUUUAAUAACAUUACGUAAGAUUUGUAACCAUCCUGAUAUCUCUACUGGUGGACCUAGAGUAUUUGAUGUUAGAGAAUAUGAUCAAGAUGAAACAUUAAAUUAUGGUUAUUAUAAAAGAUCAGGUAAAAUGAUAGUGGUGGAAGCUUUAUUAAGAUUAUGGAAACAACAAGGUCAUAAAGUUCUUCUUUUUUCACAAAGUACAAAGAUGUUGGAUAUAUUAGAAUCAUUUGUACAGAAACAUGAUUAUCAUUAUUUACGUAUGGAUGGUACAACAACAGUAGCUGGUAGACAGCCAUUAAUUACUAAAUUUAAUCAGGAUAAAUCUAUAUUUGUAUUUCUGUUAACUACACGAGUUGGAGGUUUAGGUGUUAAUUUAACAGGAGCUAAUAGAGUAGUUAUAUUUGAUCCUGACUGGAAUCCUAGUACUGAUAUGCAGGCUAGAGAACGGGCCUGGCGUAUUGGUCAACAGAAACAAGUUACUAUAUAUAGACUACUGACGUCUGGUACUAUAGAAGAGAAGAUAUAUCAUAGGCAAAUAUUCAAACAGUUUUUAUCAAAUCGUGUCCUCAAAGAUCCAAAACAAAGACGUUUAUUUAAAAGUAACGAUAUAUAUGAACUGUUUACAUUAGGAUCAAAAGACAAUGAUGAGGGAACAGAAACUAGUGCCAUCUUUGCUGGUACAGGGUCUGAUGUGAAAUUAAAGAAAAAUUCAAAAAAUAUUUUUGAUGAAAUGAAGGAAGAGAAGAAGGAAAAGGAAAUGGAAGUUGCUAGUACACUUGAAGAUGAUGAAGUAGCUAGAAUGCGUGAAUUUGCCCGGAAAUUAAGUCAACAAAUGGAACAAAAUAAACUCAAAAAAAGUGAAUCUGCCUCAAAUUCUCUGCCAUCUAAAUCAAAUGAACCAUCUACCUCUAAAUCUAAAAUAACUUAUGCAGAUUAUAAGAAAAUGAAGCUUCAAAAAGAAGGCAGCAGUAACGAAUCAAAACUCAAGAAGGAAAUUUCAGAACCAUCAUCAUCAUCUAAUCAUACUUCUCAUAAAAAACAUAAAAAGAAGAAGAGGGAUGCAAAAUUUGAAGGAGAAAGAAUCCCCAAUCUUGUUAAACAUCGUAAAUUUAAACGUGGUAGUGAUGGUGAAAAUGAUGAUGAUGAUAAUGAAAAACCAGCAUCUAAACAAGAUGAUUAUGUCUUACAUACCCUGUUUCAAAAGGGUGGUAUACAUAGCGCUAUGAAACAUGAUAAAAUUAUGGAAUGUGGUAGACCAGACUAUGCUAUAGUAGAAGCAGAAGCUGAGAAGGUAGCUAAACAAGCAGUGGCAGCUUUAAGAAAAUCUCGUGCAAAUUGCGCGUCUGCUUUAGCUGGUGUACCCACUUGGACUGGACAAAAUGGUGGAAGAAAGCCAAGAUUUGGUAAGAAAAAGAGUACAUUAGUAUUAAAUGGUAAUAGUACUGUAACAAGUUCAACUACUAGCACGGUUGAUAAAAAGGAUGAAAAUGAUAAACAUUUUGAUGGAUCUGUAUCAGGCUAUGUUGCUACUAAUAGUACACCAAUGUCAUCAGAUGAACUGUUAUCACGUAUGAGAAAUCGUCAGGUACCAUCAGGUGCUUCUGUAUCAGAUCCAGCUGUUGAAAGUUUAUCCGAAAAGGUGGAUACAGCUCAUACUGAUCUCCUAACAGACAUAAGAAAUUAUGUGGCAUUUCAGGCUCGAAAUGAUGGUCAAGCCAUGACUCAGGAAUUACUGGAUCAUUUUGGAACCAGACUUCCACCCAGUGAUACUGCCAAAUUUAAAGCUAUGUUGAAACAAUUGUGUAAUUUUGAUAAAAGCUCUGGUAUUGGUAUUUGGCAGCUGAAAGAAGAGUUUAGAUAA